UGUGAAGCCAUUUGCAAGGAGUUUUGAUUUAUUGAAGAAAAUGGCAGAUAAUAUAAUAACUCUGUCUGAUGAAGAUGAAAUUGCUGAAAUUGCUGAAGAAGAAAAGGUAGUCCAAGGCCCAGAGUCUACUGAUGAAUCCGUCCCUGUAUAUGAUAUCCUAAGAAAAAUCAGCAGUGAAUCAGCCGAGGAAGUCGAAAAUGAAAUGGUUGUUCCUCUCUAUGUCGGAUAUAACUCCGAACGAAAGGUCCGACAGGUUAUGAUAUUUCCUAAGGAUUUAUACGAAGAACUACAAAAAUCUGAAGCAACAGUGUUAUUUCCUGCUGCUGCUGUAAAUGAUUCAGGCCGGAUUCGGCUCUUAGACGUAUUAACAAACAGUGACGGUGGGUCCUGUGAGACUACCGAAUCCUCACCUCUCCUGAACAUAGAAGUCAGGUAUUUAAAAAAAAUAAUUAAAUUACAUUGUAAAAGGGAAGAUUUUGCUCGGGAGAUCUUCAGGAUAACAAAUCAUCACCGACAAAAUAUCAAUAUUUACAAUUAUAAUGAUUGGCAUCCGGAGCCUCUCACGGAUGACAGCCUUUUCGAUGGUAUAUCAGUUGAAGCUUUUCUAAAACCUAAAAGGAAGAAGUAUAGCAUAAAAGCUAUUCAAGAUGGAAUUCGGAACGAAAUGCCUGCAGAUAGAAGUGAACUAAUAUAUCUCUGUAGAAUGAAGGAAAGAUAUGAUAGAGAGAACAGAUAUCGGGAUGUAUUUAGAAUCCCGAUCGGAAAUUUCAGAACGCCUUCGAACGUAUUGGAGUACUACCACAAAGAGGCUUUUGAGGAUAUAGAUUCAUCAGAUGAUAGCAACAUUGACGAAGAUCAACCUUCCACAUCUAAAGGAGAAUUUUCAGUAUUGAUCGUUAACCAAAAACAACUAAAAGAUCAACCUUCAAGAAGAAGAGAUAUACAAGGAGAUAACAACUUUGAACCUCAACCUUCUACAUCUAAAGGAAGAGAUAUACAAGGAGAUAACAACUUUGAACCUCAACCUUCUACAUCUAAAGGAAGAGAUAUACAAGGAGAUAACAACUUUGAACCUCAACCUUCUACAUCUAAAGGAAGACAUAUACAAGGAAAUAACAACUUUGAACCUCAACCUUCUACAUCUGAAGGAAGACAUAUACAAGGACAUAACAACUUUGAACCUCAACCUUCUACAUCUAAAGGAAGACAUAUACAAGGACAUAACAACUUUGAACCUCAACCUUGUACAUCUAAAGGAAGACAUAUACAAGGACAUAACAACUUUGAACCUCAACCUUCUACAUCUAAAGGAAGACAUAUACAAGGACAUCACAACUUUGAACCUCAACCUUCUACAUCUAAAGGAAGACAUAUACAAGGACAUAACAACUUUGAACCUCAACCUUCUACAUCUAAACGAAGACAUAUACAAGGACAUCACAACUUUGAACCUCAACCUUCUACAUCUAAACAUGGAUCCGCAGAAAUUAUUCUAUUGGAAGAAGAUCAACCUUCUACAUCUAAAGGACUAUGUGAAGAUCUGACAAAAUCACAUCAGUUACCUCCUCAAGAUGAGCUAAAAAUUCACUUGAAAAAGGUUAUUGCGUCCAGAAAAGAGCUUAGAAUGACCGACGACUCAGAAGCUCCACAAUCUAAAAGAUUUAAAAGCGUCGUUGUAAAUAAAGAAGCACCAGCAUCGGAUCCGUCAAAAGAUCCUGCAAAUGCUGAAGCAUCACAUCACAAGCAACCAUCACAAGAUUCAGUUAAUCCUGCUGCUCCGAGCUGUCCAAAGUCAGAGCAAGAUGUUCCAAAAAGAUUUAAAAGCGUCGUUGUAAAUAAAGAAGCACCAACAUCGGAUCCGUCAAAAGAUCCUGUAAACGCUGAAGCAUCACAUCACAAGCAACCAUCACAAGAUUCAGUUAAUCCUGCUGCUCCGAGCUGUCCAAAGUCAGAGCAAGAUGUUCCAAAAAGGGAAAAUGAAGAACCGGAAGCAGGAGAGGGAAAUGAAUAGAACAGGAUGAAUUAAAGAACUUUUGUAAAUAAGCAAGUUCAUUAUAAAUUUGUAAAACUUGUAGCCAUCACACUUGAGCCAAUAAAUGUUUUUCUGUUUCUUAAA